AUGCCUUCUGAAAAGCCCAUCCUUGUUGUCCUUGGUGCCACAGGCAAGCAAGGAGGAUCGGUCAUUUCAUACUUUCUUUCCUUGUCACCUUCUCCUUAUGCUCUUCGCGGCGUCACACGAGACCCAUCCUCGCCCAAGUCUGCUUCUCUGGCCGCUGCUGGCGUUGACAUGGUCAAAGCUAACGUUGACGACCCUUCAUCCCUUGACGCUGCCUUCAAAGGCGCAUCUGCUAUCUUCAGCGUCACCGAUUUCUGGAUAAACUUCUUCGACCCCUUAGAGCGCGAGAAGGCUGUCGCAUCAGGCCAACCUAUUGGCGUUCAUUGCCGGGAAAGAGAAAUUCAAAUGAACCGGAACAUUAUCGACGCCGCCGCCAAAAUCAGCACGCUUGACCGGUUUAUCUUCUCUGGCUUGGUCAACACGAACAAGCUGAGCGGUGGCAAAUACCCGCAUGUCUACCACUUCGAGGGCAAGGGACUCUCUGAGGAUUACGGCCGGUCAACUCAUCCAGACCUCUGGGCAAAGACCAGUAUGCUUUACGCAGGGCUAUACCUUGAGAACUACUUUGGGGUCUCUGGCGCUUUGUUCCGCCCCAAACUAAAUCAGGCCAAAGACACUCUUGUCUUAACCUUGCCCGACUUUCUGGCUAGAUCACCGUUUCCCAUGUACUCCGCGGUGGAUGAUACCGGAGCACUCGUGCAUGCGUUGCUUCGCGCCGCACCGGGCAAAAAGCUCCGUGGCGUCAACGAGUGGCUCAAUUUACGAGACAUGACUGAAAUCCUAGGUGAAGUGUUAGAGAAGAAGGUGGAGUUUGCUGACAGCCAACCUGUUACUCUGUCAGGAGACCCUGACCUGGACAAGGAGAUGAAUGAUAUGAUGGGGUUUCUUGUCGAGUUUGGAUAUUUUGGCGACAAUUCUGAGAAUGUUGAUAAGAGCACUGUGAACCCAAGUGACUUGGGAGUACCAGUGCAGCUGCAGACUGCUAAGGAGUGGUUCAAGAAGCAGGACUGGGAGAGGGAGUUGGAGGUAGGCGUCUGA